AUGACCUUCCUCAAUGUGCUCUACUACGUGCUGCUGGCUGCCAUCAUGAUCGGCACCGGCUACUUCUACUACCUGUGGUUCACUGAGACCAACGACCAAACCGAGAAGAUCAUCAGAGCUGCGCUUGGAGUCUUUGAUAUCGCCAUCUGGUACAUUCUAGGUAUCUCCACCUCCUUUAAGAUCCUCACCCAGAUGAUUCUCGCCUGUUUCCUUGUGGUUCUGGCUGGUCUUAAGAUCUACAUCAACCCUCGAGUUGGAGGGGCUCUUCUGGCCGGCAGUCUGCUAUUUGUGGCUGCUGUCUGGUUCGGAUUCCGCCGAGACGGUCGAGAGGCCCGAGACGAUCUUAACGAUGGACAGUAG